UCAUAAGUUUAAACUCAUAUUAUGAAAGCUAUAUAUAGAGGACCCUUAUAGACCAUUCACUACAUCAAACACAUAAACUCAAAGUCACCUCUCAUCUUCACCCAACUAUCUCACAGUCUCUCCAUAAGUUCUCUGGCAAUUCAAUUUUCAUCCGUAACCUCUUUUUCAAUCAAAACACAACUAUUUCCAUCCUCCCCGAGUUUCUUCUCGAACAGCAUUCCCAAUACAACACCAAUGGAUAAGCUACAGAAGAUGAUUUCCGAGAAGUCAGUAGUGAUCUUUAGCAAGAACUCGUGCUGCAUGUCUCACACAAUCAAGACUCUCUUCAUAGACUUUGGCGUGAACCCAACGAUCUAUGAACUCGACGAGAUCAACAGAGGAAAGGAAAUAGAGCAAGCAUUGGCUCAGCUUGGCUGCAGCCCGACUGUUCCGGUGGUGUUCAUUGGAGGGCAGCUCGUUGGUGGAGCCAAUCAAGUCAUGAGCCUUCACCUUAAUCGCUCUCUUGUUCCCAUGCUUAAGCGAGCUGGUGCAUUAUGGCUUUAAUAUUGUAAUGAUGAAACUAAGUUUAGUGGACAAAACAAAAAUAAAUACAUACAUAAAUGUGUGUAUGAGUUAUUGAUACGUCUAUCUAUGUUUUGAAAAGAUAGAUUAUGCGAGUACCAGUUUUGUAAUCUGUGGGUUUAUAUAAGAAUAAAAUCAUUGACUAUGA